UUGGAUUGGAUCAAAAGGACCGUUUAGGCAGAUGGAUCGGGCGCUCGACAUCCCUGCAGUUGUACCCUACGCUACGUCGUUAGAUUUGUUGAAGACAGCGGAAGCCUCACAGAGCCGUCGCUCUUUUCCAGGAAGUGAAUUGAUGGGACGGGACGGGACGACUGGGGGAGCGAGCUGAGAGCAGUUUUCCGAUCUGUGCUGGGUAACUAGAGAUUCUGUUCGGACGCAGCCACACAAGCAGCUAUCGUUCAAUCGGUCGCUGCCUGGAGAAGAAGCCAUCUCUGCUGCUGCUGCUGCUCCAGAGUCCAUCACACUCUCAGCCGCCGUGAGCUGCUGAGCUCAAGGCAGGGCAGGGCAGAGCAGCUCAGGUCACCUCGGGGCAGGUCAGAUUGAUGCGAUUUCUUCCAGAUCCAUUCCUCGGAGUCAGUCGUAGGUCGACGGGUUUUUAAAGGUCCGAAGGCGAAGGGAGAGAGAGAGAGGAAUCAGAUCGUCCUUACCUUGUCGAGAAGCAGUUUUUCGCAGCGCAUUUGGAUGAAGAGUCUGAAUGCUACUUGAGGGAUCGUUUCGCUCAAUAGAGACCAACGUCCGUGACCGACGGAUGGUUGAGCUGAGCUGAUCUGAUCUGAGUUGAGUAAAGUAAGUUGGCUUAACGACAGAUGGGGGAGAGGGGGACUAACGGUUGGGCCUAUACCCAAUUCAGACACUGUUCGGAAAUCUGCUCCGAGGACUCGGUACAGAGUCCAACAUCCAAAAGCAACAAAGCCCGGCGCUCGCUGAUGAUGCUCGAGGAUCCUGUCCUGCCCGGGCCCCAAGUUCUAUCAACAACAUGACAAGCAUGCACAGGGGCCUGCCUGCCUUGCCUGCCUGCUUGCUCCCUUUGGUCGUCGUUUCCAGUCAAACGUGGACUACGUGGAGCUGGAACGCCUUCAACGUUGGACUUCACCGCUCUCUCCCUUUUGCCCUUGCCAAUCACAGUUCACUGUGUGGGCAUACAUCCUUGACAGGUCGUCCUUUCGCUGCUGGUCCCAUUGACCGGGUCUCGAUUCUGUCUCUUUUUUCUCCAAAUGGGACGGCCAAAGAGUUCAUGGAUUCAAGUUUUGGCCACAUUCUCCUCCAUUCAAUUCUCCUCAAUUCUCACCGCAUUUUCGAAGAUCAGAGCUUGAACUUUCUGACGGAGAAAGAGGGUAGAAAAUUCCUUGUCUUUCCUGACUUCGACGACAGCCGGACUACUCUAUAGAUGGAUCACAUCUUUAGAGUAGUUAAUUUAUUGUGUGGGACAGGUAAGGAGUUGGAACGGUGGGACAAAGACGAUGGGGCUCACUACCGAACCCCGUACAGAUCUGGACGGAAUGCUUCACUGGUGAGCAGUCAGGUAGUCUUCGAGAGGACAUUACUGUGAGUGAUCAAUCAGCUAUUCUGUACUUCAAAGAUUAUGGAAACAUGGUACCUUUGUCCUAGGAUAACGGAAGAUAGAACUACCCUUCCCCGUAAAGCAAAGAAAGCUCCAAAAAGGUUCGGAUACGACUUCCUAUCGACACAAUUAUCGAAGGUUUGGAAGGCCUUUCUUUGGACCAUCCGAAGGCUUGUUAAUAAUGGGAAGCGCUGGGGUCCUCUGUACGACAUACCAGGCAGCACAGCAUCUGCAGCAUUAUCCAGUUUAAUGUUUGCGAGUGAUGUUGGUGAAAAGGUCGACACCUGAAUGGAAGGGACGUAGUCACGCACGAAGAGCAACACUCGUACCGACUGGUUGUACCUGUAACAAGUACUCUCAUAACGGGGAAGCCAUAGUAAGGUCGUACCAUCUGACAGAAUAUCUUGAUAGCACACACACGAGAGGACGUAGGACCAGAAACCAAGUUGUUAAUGUCUCUAACUACUCCAGAGCUGUUUAGGGGCCUCAGACACAAGUGUACACAUCAACCUCUGCUAAAUCGGCCCCGCCAGCUGGCCAUAGGCACAUCAGGUUUAUUGUUACCCCGAAGUGUAUAUCACGACGGUGAUUGUUUCCUGUGAACGUGCCCUUUACACGCAGUUUGAUGCAUAACAACAUAGCCUGAAGUUGUUGGGACACCAGAAUUCUGGUGCAACAGGAAAAAAGGCUCCCAACUAUAUGGCAACACAAUCCUUAUCUUGUCCCCACUGGAUCUGGACGUCCC